AGUAAACAGAAACUAUAACGAGCAAAACAUAUAUUCUCCAUAAACUGUAUACGGUGUGAGACGGUAAACGCUUAACAACAGUGUUUUGACGUUUUCAAAAUGGGAUUUCAAUACGAAGUUUUGUUGUUUUUUGUGCUGUUCUAUAUACAACUAAUACAUUGCAUGCCGGGUGCAUUUCCUGAUGAACCUUUCAACUGUAACAGAUAUGGGGAUUAUUCUUCACACGACUGGUCGUGUAGACCUGCCGACUUGUUUGAUAUGCUGGAUGACGAUAAACUAAAAGACGAUGUUGUCACUGGAGACGAAUUUCUCCGUGAAGCAGGGGCACGUUGCAGUAACGAGACACUUCUACCUUCCUACAUCAACUGUAUAGGGACAUUGUCUGCGGAAUGUCCCGAACAGUUUGCCGAUGUGGCUGAUUCGUUAAGAAACAAGAUGAGCAUGUUUUGUGACGGCAAUGGCGUCUCUGAAGGGCUCCAGUCAGCGAUGAACAGCGGGUUUUCAUUUAAUCUGAAUUGCUCUGCUGUUAUGGAUGGGGUAUUUAUGGAAUGUGCGAGAGAACUGGACAUUUAUAAGAAAAUCCCAGGACCCAAUAUCACCUUUGCAGUUGCAGCAGAAAUCCUUCCACCGGUUAUUAGCGAGUUAUUUCACUGUUCAAAGAGGCAACUUGAACUUACACCAACGCAGAGUAACGGAUGUGACAGCUCUUGGCGAAACAUUCUGCUUAACCUAUGGUUAAAAAUGCAGUUAAUGGGGAGCAUUUUUGUCAAUUUGUCUCAUGAAGAUGCACAAGAACUUCUGGCUCUAGUAAGUGACUAUGGAGGAACAGAAAUCCUGAUUUAGUAAUUCGCACAAGACUUUUUUUAAAGAUGGCUGACACAAUAUUAUACAAGAUCAAGAAUCGUCACCACUUUUUGCUUUAUUCAGACCAAAUUGCCAAAUAUAUUAUGACUUUUAUUUCUAUAUUAUAACCUAAUACAAAAGUCACGGUACAAUAAAUAAUUUGUUCUCUUUUUCUUUUAAAAUAUACAAUAGAAAAUUUGUUUGGUGGAAUAAAGUAUUGGUCUGAAAAUGAAUUCGACUUUCAUGAAAGUGAUAUACGGAACAUACUACGAACUUAAUAGUUCCCAUAAGAAUACCCUCUGGAAAUGAAUUGUUCCAGAUAAUUAUAAUGAGAUUAUGAUGAU